AUUACGCCCACAAUUCAUUGCGUGACGACUGCGACAUUCGACGACAAUCGCAGGGCGUAUUGACAAAUUCUUCCCGAAUUUUCGACAUGUUUUAGGACCAAAAAUCCCAUCUUUAUCGUAAAUUUAGGGAAACUGCCUCUCAGGUUCCCAUCAUGAGUGAGCAGAAGGAGCGAGGAGACGACUCAGGCGGAGAACUGUGGACGUCAAGUUGGGAGCAACAAUGUCUGGACGAGUUGGAUAGCGAACCGAACUUGGACGAAAGGUUGCCGCAGGAACGGCAAUUUGCGGCCGACCAGCUGUGGUACAGCUUCCAAGCCUGCGCAAGUGCCGUCACGCAUCUUUACAAACUAGAACGUCUGAGUAGUCCAUCCAAUGCCCUACCUCUUUGGCUGUCAUUUCAGAAUGCUGCCAGUUCAGUAACCAAAAUGUAUAAAGAUAGCCUAGAAGCACACAGAAGAACCAGCGAGUUUGGCACCCAGAUCGGGCACCAGCGCCGCACCCGGGACAUCGUGGGCUGGGUCAAGAAGCGCAGACGCUACAUCAAACGGGAGGACCUCCUUGCGUUUCUCUGCGGCAAAGUGCCCCCGCCCAGGAUUCGGCCCAGUCCGAUAGGCCGGGGCGGCAUGGCUGACCGGGCCUCACCCAGGUCCCACACACAAGGGCACGAUGUUGGACACUCGGUGGAAGCCAUGGACGAUCUGCAACCCUUCAGAGAAGCUUUAGCAUUACAAGGUUUAAAUGGAGCUAUGGCCAACGUGGGUGUCUCCCAGUCGCCCCCGCAUCACUCCCAUUCACGCCGUCGCCAUGGAAAUGUACUAGAUCUCUUCCCCGACGAACUCUUUGCCCAUCCCGACUCUCGGAAGAGAAACCCCUCGCCGGGCGAUGUUCACAUGGACUCCCCUUCUCAUAAACGCAACCGGCUACUAUGAGGCCAAGCGGAGUCACGCUCUCAGUAGGUGUACAAACUAAGAAGAAAAAAAAAAGUUAAAAAAAAUAUAGAGAACAAAUUAAUGUAUUAUUAACAGGUUUUUGGGUGCCACUUUUGGAAAAGCAUUGCAUUGAACAGUGUUUGGAGCAAAACGUGUCUGUGAGUUGGCCAGGGAGCAUCUUGUCUUUUUGUUUCACCGAACGGGGCAAACAGACCAGUGAUGUGAACGUGGAGAUCGUCAUUUUAUGAGUUCCUGCGAAGCUGUGCAUUGAGUAGGUGUUGUGGUGCAUCUGUUCUUCGUAUAUUGCGCCAAGUGUCUAUCAAACUGGUUGGUGUAUGCCACACACGCUGGCAGAGCAGACCGUGACUUGGACCGUGAACAUCUGUCAGGAUCUGGAAUCCAGCUUGUUCAAUUGAGACACGAUUUAACAGCAAAACGAAACUCGGCAAUGUGAAAUCAUUAUUAUUAUUGAAAGUAACCAUAAUUUCACAAUUCAAGGCAUGUUUACCAUAAACCAGUGUAUAAAUAAUUUUUUUUCUCUGACCAAAAAUGUUCCAUUACAGGCUCAGCAAAGUUAAAAAAAAAAAAAAAAAAAA